CUCAUCAGCAUUCCGAACUUCAAAAAAAAAAACUCAUCAGCAUUCCCCACCCCCAUCGCCGGGAAGAUAACCGCUGCCGCCGGCACUCACCGCGAUCGCGCCGUCGCGGCCGCCAUGAUCCGUCUCCGCAGCUGCAUCCUCACCCAUCUCCUCCAUUCGCCCCCCGCCUCUCCCAUCUCUCUCCGCCGUCUCCUCUCAACCACAGAGCCGGUGCCCCCCGUUCCGGCAAAUCCGGGCUUCGCCGUCGAGGACUACCUCGUCGCCACCUGCGGCCUCACCCGACCCCAGGCCCUCAAGGCUUCCCUUAAACUCUCCGGCCUCAAGUCACCCUCCAAGCCCGACUCCGUCCUCGCCCUCCUCGCCGGCCUCGGCCUCUCGAGCGCCGACGUCGCCGCCCUCGUCGCCGCUGACCCGCGGUUGCUCUGCGCCAAAGUGGACACACUAACCUCCAAUGUCGCGGGGCUCGCCGGCAUGGGCAUGUCGCGUUCUCAGAUCGCUCAGCUCGUUAUGCUCGGCUGCACUAUCUUCCGCUGCAAACCCGUCGUCUCCAGGCUGCACUACUACCUGCCCCUCUUCAGAUCCCCGGAGAACCUCCUUCGCGUUCUCAAGCAGAACUCCUACCUCCUGUCAUCCAACAUCGACAAGGUGGUAGAGCCCAACGUCGUAUUCCUGCGGGAGUGCGGGCUAGGUGCUUGUGAUAUUGCCAAGCUGUGCACCUCUCUUCCGAGGCUGCUUAGCAUCAAACCAGAGAAGGUCCGGGCGAUGGCGGCAUGUACCGAAAGUCUGGGUGUGCGCCGCGGCUCCGGGAUGUUCAGAAAAGCGAUGCAGGCUGUCGCGUUCCGCGGCGAGGAGAAGAUCGCCGCCGAAGUGGCGUACUUGAAGAGGACGUUCAGGUGGUCCGAUGCUGAGGUGGGCAUUGCUGUCUGUAGGUCUCCAAUGGUGCUGUCGAGGUCUGAGGACACGCUCCUGCGUAUGUCCGAGUUCCUUAUCUCUGAGGUGGGGCUGGAACCGGCGUACAUUGCUCCUCGGUCAGUAAUGCUCUGUCUUAGCCUCGAGGGUCGACUGAGGCCUCGGUACUAUGUUACGAAGUUCCUUAAGGAAAAUGGAAUGCUAAAUCUCGGAUGGAGUUACUUUUCAAUUGUCAAGGCGACCGAGAAGGUGUUCGUGGAGAAGUUCAUAUGCCCUCACACGGAAGCUGCACCAUACCUCGCUGAAGACUAUGAUGCUGCUUGCAGAGGGGAAGUGCCGACUAAUUUCAGAUUCGCAUGAGCCAGGGACGGGCUAUGAAAAUUGGUAACUGUGUGCUGGUUGUCCACUGAUGUAUGUCUUCUAGAUGCUGGUUUGGUCAUUGCUAGCUUGUGAUGAAACUGGUAGUUUGAUUCCUGAAUCCUGUUAUGUUUAUGCCAUCAUUCAGUAGAAAAGAAACCAUGGUUUAUUAUGAACUUUUUAAUUCCUGAAUACUUUUCCUGAAUCCUGAUGUGAACUUUUUCACCCUUGUUUUGGAACACAUGUAUUGGAGAUACGAAAUUGUGAGAUCAGGCCUAUCAUGUCAGUAACAUGCUGGUUUGGUUGUUGGUAUCACCUGAUGAAGCUAUUAAUUAGAUUCAUGAGACCCUGGUAUGUCUGAGUACCACUUCAGUAUAGAAGAAAGCAUGUCAUGGCCAUGAAUUUCUUCAUCCUCAUGUCAUAUUCAUACACAUAUUAAAUUCGGGCCAUUGUGCAGAUGCAUUGGAAUAUAUGUGACUGUGAGUAGUAUAUUUGCACUUCUGGUACAUUUUAUGGAAUACUGAUAUGGAAGCAGCGGAGUGUUCUCAAAUUGCCCCUACAGUAACCAGCACAAUCCUCUCUAUCUACCCGUGAAAGAGUGAAAAUUCUGAACUAUUUUUGGUGGGGAACAAUGUUGGACUUGUUGAUGACCACGACAUGUCGACCACUGCCGAGAAUGCCAUUUGAUCUGUUAAUACCAA